GAGAUGGACAUUUUUAGGAACUAAAACCCAAUUGAAGCUUAACGCCCGAAACCGGAACCAGAGUGAGAUUAGAAUGCCGAGGGUGACCCAGAUCCUGCGGAAAGGACAGAAAGCUCUAGACGAUCUCAACUUGCUCAAGGUCUUGCACUCAGAGAUCGCCCACGAACUAUCCAAUCCUCGCUUUCAGGAUACUAGUUAUGGAGGAGAUUUUGUUGUGGACUGGGAUUCACCCCAGACACAAGAUGUUGUCAUGCAGAGGAAGUGCGAGUCCGGUGAGGAGGUUGCUGUCUCAGCUUUAUUGGGUCUAGAGACCUUAGGAGGAACUACAUUGCACAGGGAGCUUUUGAUGAAAGUUUGCAUAAGAAAGCCUGGGUUGAGCUCAAUUUUGCAGUUUGAUUGCAGAGUUGCUGAUAGCAGUACCAAUAGCUAUAAGUUUGACAUCCGUAAUGCCUACUAUCUUCAGUCUCCAAUUUCUACUUCUUCUUCAGCUUACAGGGGCCCCUUAUUCAGGUCUUUGGACCCUCAAUUGCAAGAAGCACUAAAGGAAUAUCUAAUGUCCAGGGGAAUCGGAGAAACCCUUAUCAACUUCCUCCUCCUCCACCUACAUAAAAAGGAGCAGGGUCAAUAUGUGAAAUGGUUACAUCAACUUGAAUCCUUGGUGGGGAAAGGCCAGUAAACAAAUUGCAGCAGCAGAUUGAGUUGUUAUUUGCUUUUACUGGCUUUUAUUUUUGUUCCUGGUGCUGCUGAGUUGUCAUUUGUUGUAGAAAUAGAAGCUUCUGAUUUUCUUGUUGAUUAGAAAAAAGAAACUGUUGUUUUAGUAAUUCAAUACUAAUGAGCUCAAUUUGCAAGA